AUGACGGUCACUUUUGCAGAGAUCCUGGAAGUCCAUCAGAGCGCAAGCAAAGAUGACAUUCGCAAGGCUUAUCGCAAAGCUGUCUUGAUCAACCACCCCGACAAAGUCCCCGAGGAAGAGCGCGAAGAAGCCUCCAUCCGAUUCAAAGAUGUCCAAGAAGCCUACGAUAUCCUCUACGACGAUGACAAGCGACACCUCUACGACACACAUGGCAUGGGCGCUUUCAAUGGCUCUGGCGAGCCUGGAAUGGCCGGCGCACCCGAUCUCGAUGACUUGCUCGCACAAAUGUUCGGUGGUGGCAUGGGAGGCAUGGGAGGUAUGCCCGGUAUGGGAGGAAUGCCCGGUGGUGGCCGUCCGCCCAAGCCUCGCCGUAGCCCCGACGAAGAACAAGACUACGAAGUCAACCUGGAGGAUCUGUACAAAGGCAAGACUGUGAAGUUCUCCAGUGUCAAGAACGUUCUCUGCGGACACUGCAAGGGUAAGGGUGGUAAGGAGAAGGCUACCGCCAAGAAGUGCUCGACUUGCGAUGGCCAGGGCCACAAGGAGGUCUUGCAGCGUAUGGGACAGUUCCUGACCCAACAGUCCGUUGUUUGUACUACAUGUAACGGACAGGGCUCAUACUUCUCGCCUAAGGAUAAGUGCAAGAAGUGCAAGGGCAACCGAACCACGGAGGAGAAGAAGCUGCUCGAAAUUUAUAUCCCUCGAGGCGCUAGGCAAGGAGAUAAGAUUAUUCUUGAAGGCGAAGCAGACCAAGUUCCUGACCAAGAGCCCGGUGAUAUUGUCUUCAAGAUUGUUGAGGAAGAGCACCCCGCUUUCGCUCGUGCCGGCUCUGAUCUCCAAGCAACCAUUGAAAUCACUCUGGCCGAAUCCCUGACCGGAUUCUCCCGCGUCGUGCUCAAGCACCUCGACGGUCGUGGCAUUGAGCUCAACCACCCCAUCACCCCCGGAGCCAUUCUCUCCCCCGGACAGGUCCUUAAGGUCCCCGGAGAAGGAAUGCCGAUGAAGCGUACUGAUGCUCGUGGUGACCUGUACCUGGUCGUCGACGUCAAGUUCCCCGACAGCAACUGGAAGCCCACCCCGGCUCAGGUGCAACAGCUUCAGGAGAUCCUUCCUAAGCCCGCUGCUCCUAUCGUGGCCAGCCCUGUGGACGAAGUCACAUAUGACCCUAAGGGAUCGAUCGACGACUUCGGUGCCCAGGAUGGUGACGGAGGCGACGGGUGGGAGGAUGAAGAAGAUGACGAACCGGCGCAGUGCACAGCUCAAUAG